AUGGCCUCUUUUAUUUAUGUUAAUUCUGAUACUGAUGAUACUUUCGAGGAAGUUGAUUUAGAUGAAAUAAAUGAACGGGAUGAUAAUAGUGAUGAUAGCAACUGUAUUGAAGAAAUAGCAUACUUUACCAAAAGUUUAACUGCACGACAUAUUCAAUUUUCUGCUAUUUCAGUUGAAUAUCCACCUACUGAUCCUGAAG